AUGAACAUCUAUUAUAAUGCUGCGACAUGGCUGAAUAUGACUACUAUCUAUGGCGGAUGCUAUGCUGAAGCCAAAGCGGCUUCUGGCUCUAGUCUUUCCGACGGGCCAACGGUGACAGCUGCACCGACAGCAGCGCUGGGUAGAGGAAGCGCUACGAGCGCCAUCGAACAGACCAGGAGCCCGAACGCCAAUGGUGUACUUGAUCGGGCGAUGAUCUGCUCUGUGUGGAAAGCUGCUAGUGUAUGGGUAGUCUGGGUUUUGAUAAGCUAUGGCGUGUAG